CUAAAUGCAGCUCAACAAUGACGUUGUUUUAUUUUUGCCCCUGUAGUGCAUGUAGCACCACUCAACCAGAAUACUUAUAAAUUUUGGAUAGGCAUGUGUAUUUAAUAGAGUUGGUUACUACACCAAAACAAAGUAGCUCUAAGAGUUCACCCAAACACUUCAAACAACAAAUGGGUUCUCUGCCUACUGAGAGCUUCAGUGUGGAAGAUGAGCACACUGACAAUGAAAAGAGCAAAAGCAGGAUGGCGAGGACUCAAUGGUUGCUAAACUCUCCUAACCCACCAAGCCUAUUUCAUGAGCUCCUCAGUUCAAUAAAAGAAACUCUCUCUCCUCCAUCGAAGCUAUGUCGGUCAAGAUCUGCUGUUUCAGUCUUGCAAGGCCUAUUUCCAAUCCUCAGCUGGGCAGGAAACUACAAGGCAUCAAAAUUCAAGGAUGACUUAAUGGCAGGUCUAACACUUGCUAGUCUCAGCAUUCCUCAGAGUAUUGGAUAUGCUAGUUUAGCCAAACUUGAUCCUCAGUAUGGUUUAUACACGAGCGUUGUACCACCUAUGAUCUAUGCUUUAAUGGGGAGUUCAAGAGAGAUAGCCAUAGGACCAGUAGCUGUGGUGUCGAUGCUACUUUCCUCCAUGAUUCAGAAACUAGAGGACCCCAUAACCAAUCCCAUUGCCUACAGGAAGCUUGUUUUCACUGUCACUUUCUUUGCCGGAGCCUUCCAAGCUGUGUUUGGCUUAUUCAGGUUGGGCUUUCUUGUGGAUUUUUUCUCACAUGCCGCCAUUGUUGGAUUUAUGGGAGGUGCAGCCAUUGUAAUUGGCCUUCAACAACUCAAGGGGCUUCUUGGGAUUGCUCAUUUCACUACCAAAACCGACAUAAUCUCUGUAUUGGAGGCAGUUUUUGGUUCAUUUCACCAACCUUGGUUUCCUUUGAAUUUUAUCCUUGGUUGCUCGUUCUUCAUCUUCAUCCUAAUUGCAAGGUUCAUUGGCAGAAGGAACAAAAAGCUCUUCUGGCUACCGGCUAUUGCUCCUCUUAUUUCAGUCAUUUUAUCGACUUUGAUUGUCUACUUUACAAAAGCCGAUAAGCAUGGAGUUCAGAUAGUAAAACACUUCAAAGGCGGCUUGAAUCCAAUUUCAGCUCAUCAGCUACAACUCAGAAGCCCGCAUGUUGGACAAGCUGCCAAAAUUGGACUAAUUUGCGCAAUUGUUGCUCUUACUGAAGCUAUCGCGGUUGGUCGAUCCUUUGCUUCCAUUAAAGGAUACCAUAUUGAUGGGAACAAGGAAAUGGUAGCCAUGGGCUUCAUGAACAUUGCAGGUUCUUUGACAUCUUGCUACUUAGCCACCGGCUCGUUCUCAAGAACUGCUGUGAAUUUCAGCGCGGGUUGUCAAACUGUGGUGUCAAAUAUAGUUAUGGCCAUUACAGUGCUUAUAUCACUGGAAUUGUUGACUAGGCUUUUAUACUUCACUCCCAUUGCCAUCCUUGCCUCAAUCAUAUUGUCGGCUCUUCCUGGACUCAUCAACAUAAAUGAAGCUUACAAUAUCUGGAAGGUCGACAAACUAGACUUCCUUGCUUGCAUUGGUGCUUUUUUUGGUGUCUUGUUUGCAUCCGUGGAGAUUGGUCUUCUAACAGCGGUCACAAUCUCAUUCGCGAAGAUAAUACUAAAUUCCAUUAGACCCGGGACAGAGGUACUAGGAAGACUUCCAGAAACAGAUAUCUUUUGUGACAUCAAACAAUAUCCUGCGGCCAUUAGAACUCCAGGCAUCUUGAUAAUCCGCUUCAAUACUGGUUUACUUUGUUUUGCUAAUGCCAAUUUCAUUAGAGAAAGGAUAAUGAGAUGGGUAAUAGAAGAAGAUAGAACAGAAGAAAUUUCAAGUGGAAAGAUUCACAUAGUAGUUCUUGACAUGUCCAAUGUGAUGAAUAUUGAUACUUCAGGAAUCUUGGCACUAGAAGAACUGCACAAGGAAUUGGUCGCACGAGGCAUAGAACUAGCUGUUGCCAAUCCAAGGUGGCAAGUGAUUGACAAGCUAAAAGUAGCCAAGUUUGUUGAUAAAAUUGGAAAAGGGCGAAUUUUUCUCACUGUUUCUGAAGCUGUUGACAUGUGGUUUGAGUCGAAAAUGGUUGGUUCUUAUAGUUAUGUUUGAUGGCAUUGUGGGACUUUCAUGCACAUCAAGUGGUGUUUGAGUAAGUGAGAGCAGUGGUGCGAAGAGAUUCUAUUUUAGAUGCACGAGUGAAUGUUAGAACCCACAAAAGUGUAUGUGCGUAAAUUAAAUGUAUAAAUUAAAUAAACAAUAAAAUAAAAUAAUUUAGAAAAUAAUUAUAUAAGUUAUUUCCCAAA